AUGUGCCGCUCGGCGCGGCGACGCGGGAGCGCGCAUCGAGCGCACCCGCGCAAUCACGGAGAUGCGAAGCGGUGGCUCGUUGAGGGGGAGAGUCCCCCGCUGCUGGACCGGCUGGUGAUCGACCGCUGCAUCCGAGCCCUGCCCACCGGGGCCAAACGCUGGGCCUCCGGGAACCAACCCAGGUCGGUGAACGACCUCGUGGAAUUACUGGAGAACCACCAAGUCACCCAGCGGCUGUGCAGCGGGGCGACCCCGGCCCCCGGUGGGGCGGGGGAGACGCGAACCGAGCGACACGGACGGACGCCGGAGAGCCAGCGCACCCAGGCACCGCCCUCCCGCGCGCCCGCCUACCCGAACCAGACCAUCGCGGACCGCCGAGGGCCCGCCCCUCCGACCCAGAGAGAGGAGUGGAGGUGCUACACGUGCGGCCAGACGGGCCACCUGGCCCGCCAUUGUCCCGGAGCAGGGGACGUAUCCAUGCCCACGGCCAGUCCGUCCGACAGGAGAGGGGGGGUCUGUCUCCGCACCACCUGCUGGUCCCACGAGUGGACCGACACCCCCAGCCUACCGGUACGCGUGGGGAGGCACGACACCCACGCCCUGCUCGACUCAGGGAGCGUGGUUACGCUGGUCCGACCCGGCCUGGCGGACGGGACCUCCGGGCGGAGGAUCGACGUAGGCUGCAUCCACGGGCAGACCGAGUCCUACAACACGAGGCAGAUCACUGUUCAGACCCCGAAGGGCACCUUCACGGUUCGGGCCGGGCUGGUCCCGAACCUCCCGAUGCCCCUCUUAAUCGAGCGGGACUGCCAGGGGCCGAGCUUCAGGCACCCCGGCGCCGACCACCUCGGCGGCCCGCCUAUAUGGCCUCCCACCCGGCGCCCUCCCGGUCCGACUCGGACGAGUCCCCCGACAGGCCCCCGAGAGAGGCGGCACGCACACCCACGCCUCGUCCACGGUGUCCCUUCCCCCGGGGACUCCGGACACGAUGACUGCCUCCGAGCAGGCCCCUCCACCAGACGGGGAGGAGACUCCAAACUCCAACCCAUAGACUUCUCAGACUACCCCCUGGCCGACGGGGGAGGCCCCGACGAGGGAGGACAGUUUGCCACCGCCCAGCUGGAGGACGACGCCCUCCGCCACGCCUGGGGACACGUCCAGUUCCAUGAAGGCCUCUCGCGGGACUCGGUGAGUGACCGACAGUACCCACACUUCAGCACCAGGGGGGGGUUACUAUACCGGGUGGUACAGAGGGGGGGUAAGGAGGUAGAACAGUUGGUCAUUCCAAGACCGUACGUGAGUAAAGUCCUCUAUAUGGCCCACACCCACCUAUUGGGGGCCCACCUGGGGAUGGACAAGACGAGGGACAGAAUCCUGAACCGGUUUUACUGGGUGAAAAGGAAUGUAGAGGAUUACUGCCGGGCACGCCCCGAGUGCCAACGCACCGCCCCGAGACCCACUGUACGAAACCCCCUCAUACCAAUGCCGCUGAUAGAAGUCCCGUUCGACCGGCUGGGUCUAGACAUCGUAGGUCCCCUCCCCAGGACUAGUCGAGGCCAUCGCUACGUCUUAGUUAUGGUGGAUUACGCCACUCGCUACCCAGAGGCAGUUCCUCUCCGUGCCGCCACAGCCAAGGCGGCGUUCUCGUGCCUCCGACGGGCCCUCUGCACCGAGCCCCUCCUGAUCACCCCGGACUUCAACCUCCCCUUCGUCGUCCACACCGACGCGUCCGAGGUGGGGCUGGGAGCGGUCUUAUCCCAGGUCCGGUCGAGCGAGGAGCUCCCGGUGACCUAUAUCAGCCGGAAACUCAUGUUCAGCGAGAAAGCCUACUCGACCGUGGAGAAGGAGGCGCUGGCGAUAAAGUGGACCCUGGAGAAGCUUCGCUACUACCUCCUCGGACACACCUUCACCCUGGUCACAGACCACGCCCCCCUGAAGUGGAUGGCCACGGCCAAGGAUACCAACGCCCGGGUGACGUGCUGGUUCCUGGCCCUGCAGGAUUAUCACUUCCAGGUGGUCCACCGGCCCGGACGCGCACAUGCCAACGCAGACGCACUGUCCCGGAGGGACGCCUGCCUAGGCCUGUCCCGGGGGGUCCCCGACUUGCAGCUGAGGGUGGGGGUGUGUGGCAACCCCGAUCCGACGGAGGAGUUCGAGCCCCGCCAGCGCCCUCUCCGCAGGCGGGUAGUCCGUGGGAGUGCCUGA